GAACUGAAGAAACUUGGACUGGGCAGUAAUGUGGACCUACAUGUAUAUGAAGUUCCUGUGGAGUACCAAAAAGUUCAGAGUUUGGUUCCAUCGUUGUGGAAACAGUAUCAUCCACGGUUGGUAGUUCAUGUCGGAGUCUCAGGUAUGGCCACCACGGUGACGCUGGAGAAAUGCGGCAGAAAUCAUGGCUACAAGUGCCUGGACAACAGCAGCUUCUGUCCCGACUCACAGUGUUGCAUUGUGGGAGGCCCAGACUGCAUCAACUCAGUUAUUGACAUGGAGUCGGUCUGCAAGAGAGUGACCGCUUCUGGGCUGCGAGUGGCUGUGUCAGUCUCUAAAGAUGCAGGAAGGUAUCUGUGUGAUUUCACCUACUACACGUCUCUGUACCUGAGCCAAGGCCGCUCUGCCUUCAUCCACGUGCCUCCUCUAGGAAAGCCUUACAGCGGGGAAGGCCUGGGCCGCGCGUUACAGGCCAUCAUCCAGGAGAUGCUGGAGCUUCUGGARCAAGCCGAAGAGAAAAUCCACUGCCAGCAGCACAUCCACUAAGUGACCUCAGACCAGCCUCUCCUGCCCCUUGCCACACAAGACAAAUUGCACUUGACCACAAGUAGCCAAAUGUCUUCUUCUUCUUCUUCUUUUUUUAAACUGACAUCUUUAUUUUGACAUAAUGAACCUCCAGAGAUUAGUCUGUGUUUGUUUGGUUUUUUUGUUAAUGUCUGUUUUGUAUUUUUGGUAGACCUGAUUCAGUUGUGUUUUAACUUCUCCCAGACAACAUUUGGUCACAUUGGAAUCAGUACGGCAGGCCAUUUUAACAUAAAAUCGGAUUCACAACAAUUACAUUCCAGAUUCCUGAAAUUGAUCUAUGACUCGUCAUAUUGGUUAAUUAAGAUAUCUCUAAUUAUAUUUUGACUAGGCACAAUACCAAUUUCAGCUAUCUCUUAUUAUAUUUUGAAUAGAAUAAUUGAUGUCAGAUUUAUCAGUAAGUUGUAUGGAGGCUCCAAUUCAAGAUGUCUUAAAAGGAAUUUUGACUAAUCACAAAAAAAAAAAAACACUUCUAGAUAUCUUUAGAUUCAAGAUAUCUCACUUUAUUUCUGAUGAGUCCUAAUCCUAAUUUAAGAUAUCUUAAAUCAAAUAAUGACUAGAUGGCAUUUCUAUUUCAGAUAUCUGGAAUAAUAAUUCUGUCUAGUCAAAACGUCACAUAUUUAUGUAGCAUUUUAGUGAGAAAUUUAUGAUAUUUUAGCCUUACUGAGCCACUACCCUUACCCAGUCUGCAAUGUCAGGUCAGUUCAACUGAAAUUCUCAUGUUUUUAACARGAUUUUUAGAGCUACAGCUCAACAUGAAUGAAGACACUGAUAAUUUAUCGUCUGUCAUUGCAGCCACACACAGUGCUACAGGCAGCAUGUUUGGAAAUUAAGUGGCAGCAUGUGGGGCUUAUGUGAAAUUUCUGAAUUCCGAUGUCUAAAAAUUUUAAUUUUGACAAGUUAUGGAACACUUUUGUGAUACCUUAAUUUGUAAUUACAAAUGUGAGACCCUUCAAAUGACGAAUCUGAUGACGUCAUUUCAGCUGUCUUGAAUUACAUUUUGAUCUGUCAAAAUUCCUCUUAAGAUAUCUUCAAUUGUUUUUUCUGACUAAUCAGAAUGUAAACACAGAUAUCUUUAAAUUACCAUUCAGGAUAGUCAAACUGUAGAUGUUCCUAGUCAAAACUCAUUUUUAGAUAACUAGAAUUUAAUUACAGAUGAGCAGACAAAGUCGAUUUUAUGUUAACAUGGCCUGCCAUAGCAUCAAAGCUUUUAUCCCAUGGAGCGUUCUGAGUUAAAAUUGUGAUUUAAAUGGAUGACCGAGGGGAACACAAGUGCUUCUUACACGUGUUCAUAUGCAGUCACAGGUGGAGAUACAAAGAAUAAAGUCUAUAAUGUGAGAUUAAUAUGAACUUAAAGCCCAAAUGUGACUUCUAUUAAAGCACCUUAUAGGGUUAGGGUUAAGAUGAUGGUUGUAGCAGGCACAUUUGGGAAAAUCGCAGCUUCUUCCUUAGAUUUGAAGUCUUUAAUUUAGACUUUGCUCCAUCAAAAAGUUUCGGUCACCAGUAUAAGGUCUAUACAUAAUGUACAUGAUGCAAUAAGUUUUUAGUAGGAAUGUUUCUAACUGAUUGCUAAUUCUGUUUAUUAUUUUUUUGUUUGUCCCUGUUUUGUUUCCGUCUCUCCUAACCCUGCCUGUUUUUUUUCCUUUUUGAUGUUAAAUUGUUUCUCGAGUCCCUUUUUCUUUAUAAGAAGAUAUAAAUUUGCCUUCUUUUACAAAGGUUUGUUUUUUAAAUCAGGGAACGGGUUGGUUCCAGCUCAUACUUCCCCAGUUUGAUGGUCCAGUUCUGACAGAAACGAACAAAUUUAAAAAUCUUGAAUCCAUUCCACUGAGAUCUGACCUCAAGCUGUGCAAUGUAAUUUUAUAGAUCUCAAAACAAAACAAUAGUUUUAGAACAGCUGCACAACUGUUGAAGAUUUGGGGCUUUUUUUAAGUAGAGUUUUCUGGCUGCUUGAAAAAGGAGAUUUUCCUUUAAAAGGAAAAUUACCUAAAAAUGUAGCAAACAAAUAUGUUGCACAAUCUAAACUGCCUAUUGUUUAUUUCUCUUCUUAAUUCGCUCAGAACGUUGAGGAUAAAAUGCAUUUCACGUCGAGCAGACAGAUGUUGAGUUUCUGGACCGUCCAAAUGCUUUUGAAUAUUUUGUUUAUGAACAUGUGAGAAUACCUAAAGUUUAACUUUGUGUCAGAGAGAUGUUUAAAACAAAACAAGCAACUCAAGACUGAACCAUAUAACCUUUUUUUUUUCAUAGUUGUGCAGUCCUAAUGGUUACUCAAAGUUUUCUGAUGUCCACUUCACUGAAUCAGGUUUUUUGUAGCAAUUUAUGUGAGAUGAUUUGAUGAAGUUGGACUCCAGAUUCUGUCAGAACUGGGCCUUUAAUUUUAUUUCUGUUGCACUUUUAGUUGUGUAAGUUGGUUUGAACUAAUCUGCAACUUGGACAGCAUUUGUCAAGCAAUGUGAAUUGUUGCAUUUUGUGGUUUUUUUUUUUUUUCCGGGUCACUUUAUCUUGAAUAAUGUAGCUUUCCGUACACACACACACACACAAAUUUUGUUCCAACAAAUUUAUUCUGAUGUACAAUUUGAUGGUGAUUCUUUCACUCCUGAGUUUUGCUCAGUUUGACUUUUUACACAAACAGCAGUGUAUUUAUGAUGGUGACGUUCCCAUGUAUAAAUGUGCUGUUUUAUAGAUUUCGUUUUUUAAAAUGAAUUUAGUUGAUCUUUACUUUGUAGCUCAGUCUCCUUUACUGUUGAGCUGAGAGGACGGCCUGCAGCACGUAACGCCACUUCUGUUUGAUUGGACUUAAAAACGGUGAACACUAAGCCCAACAGAAUCAUCGGGGAAGAACAAAUUAAACUUUAACUUGCUAAAAUGAGGCUAAAGAAAACAUCAUAAAAUUGUGUUAUUUGUUAAGCAAUCUGGUACCACUGAGAGUAAAAAGGUUUUUAACUGCAUUUUUUCUUUUUAAAUACAGUUUUGUAUAGUGUUUUUACCACCGGAUGGGUUCUUAAACCUCUCAUUUAAACUGACCCAACUCGUCUUUGUAAUUUAAUCUCCCUCUUGGUUGUUCYGUUUCAAAGUGUUACGAGUUUUUGAACCCGGAGGCACACUUUCUGACUGAGUUUGUGAAGUCUGACCGGUGUGGCUUUAUGAGUGCCGAAUGGGUUGUUGAGAAGCUGUCUUGCAUAAGUUUACCUAUGAGGUGACCACCCCCCCCACCCCGCCGACCCUCUCCUGUGCCUUGCUGUUGUUCAUGUGUGUCCUGAAAAGGCCUUAUUAAUUCCCACCGGGUCGAUUCUAAGAUGUAUUUUUCGAUGCUGUCCAUUCAUACGUGUGGCUACCUCACAAAUACUUUUCUAUCUUGGUGUGUGCUCUGUCGUACACCUACAUCAUGACUCUGUGAUUUAUCGUGGGUUCGUGUAUCGAGGGAGUGUCUUUCCGUGUCAGUAACAAAGCACUGUAACAGUCGUAAUCUCGCUCUGUAAAUGAAAGGCUUUGAAAUAAAGAAAACUAAAUGAUUACA